CUUUAAUUUGUCAAAUUCAAGUUCAUUGUUAUGACAGCCAAUCAAUUGCCAUUUUGAACCUUAAGCACAUAAAUUACUUUUUCUUUUGCUCUUGAUAACCCAUCCUCCCUAUUCGUAUUUAUUGUAUCUGGGAAGGUAAACACUUUCUUUGUUAUACUUAUAGCAAUUGAACUUGCAAAGCAAGAAAAGAGUUUGUUUUUGUUUUUGCUGCAAAUCACAAAUUAUGACCAUGUCACGUCGAGAUGAGAUUGCAUCUCGUUUGAAAUACUUUAACGGCGGCGAUCAAUAUGAUGUUAUCGAUGUUGUUGGCGAGGGCGCUUACGGUGUUGUUUGUUCGGCUGUACAUAAACCAACAGGUCAAAUGGUCGCCAUCAAGAGAAUCUUACCUUUCGAGCACGCCAUGUUUUGCCUAAGAACACUUCGAGAAAUCAAACUGUUAAAGUAUUUUAACCAUGAAAAUAUUAUCUCUAUUCUUGAUAUUAUGAAGCCAAAGACAAUAGAAGAUUUUACUGAAGUAUACCUUGUCCAGGAAUUGAUGGAGACGGAUAUGCAUCGUGUGAUUCGUACCCAGGACCUUUCAGAUGAUCAUUGUCAAUAUUUUACAUAUCAGACAUUAAGAGCAUUGAAAGCAAUGCAUUCAGCCAACGUUCUUCACCGAGAUUUGAAACCAUCCAACCUAUUAUUGAACGCGAACUGUGAUCUGAAGAUCUGUGAUCUAGGGUUAGCAAGAUCUGCCAAUUCAGCUGAUGAAAAUAGUGGUUUCAUGACGGAAUAUGUUGCUACGAGAUGGUAUCGUGCACCCGAAAUCAUGUUGACAUUCAAAGAGUAUACAAAGGCCAUCGAUGUAUGGUCUGUGGGAUGCAUCUUGGCAGAGAUGUUGAGCGGUAAACCAUUAUUCCCGGGUAGAGAUUAUCAUCAUCAAUUGACACUUAUCUUGGAUGUGCUUGGUACACCUACCAUGGACGAUUUUUACGGAAUCAAGAGCCGUAGAGCUCGUGAUUACAUCCGUAGUCUACCUUUCAAGAAAAGGAUACCCUUCUCUAAAUUAUUUCCCAAUGCAAACCCCUUAGCGGUUGAUCUGCUGGAAAAACUUUUGGCAUUCAAUCCUGCAAAGCGAAUUACCGUAGAAGAAGCAUUGAAACACCCUUAUCUUGAACCGUAUCAUGAUCCAGACGAUGAGCCAAAUGCUCCGCCUAUUCCGGAAAGCUUUUUUGAUUUCGAUAGAUACAAAGAUCAACUUACGAAAGAGCAAUUAAAACAAAUGUUAUUUGAAGAAAUUACACAAUAGUGAAGGUUGCCACUCGCUAUUCUCUUUUGUUGUUGUGAUAACUUAUUACACUUGAUGAUGCGCGCCAGUCAUCUACAAACAUCAAGUAAUAAUAUGUUUACACGAAUGAAAAAGUAUUUAUACCUUGGCAUUUUUUCCCUUUCCAUAUCAAUUUGGGUUGGUUUUUUGUUUUAACGCUUUUUAACUUAUUAUUUUGUCUUUUUUCUUCGACCUUCCCUUCAAGCCUUCCCACUUUAGAAAGAAUAAAAUAAAAUAGGCAAUACAUUAUGUUGUUUAGACAUUCGGAUAGUUGAUGUAAAUGCGAUAUGCUUUGUCCUUACAUUUUUUUUAGCAAAAAAUCUCUUUUUUGUUCAAUGAAGCACAAAAAAUGCACGUUCACUAUGAAAGCAUGCUGCUUGAAAAGAAAAGGCUUUCAUAGCUCUAUAUUUUAAAAUUUAUGAGAAGAGCUGUUGGUAACUAAGGAUACGUUAAGUUGUAAAAGACAUGUCGUCU